GUCCAGGAAUAAAACUUCUGCAUUGCCUUAUUAUGUUGCCAGUUGCCCAUGGGAUGAACUGACCGCUAACCAGUUAUUCAAACUGAUGAAAUUACAGCUGGGUAAGACAAUUUUGAUAAACCAGCGUCUUGGUGGCAAGGAAGAAGGUGCAUGCAAUGCAGAUGCAGCAAGGUUGGUAAUUCAGGCCUUCUAUGUUGUGACCUUUUGCAGGAUGGGAGUAGUUUCAUCCAGUGGAAUGCGGAACCUGAGCACCUACAGUCUGAGAGAAUGGCGAACACGGCCAAGGGCAAAGUCUGCGUCACCGGGGCGUCUGGCUUCGUCGCCUCUUGGCUCGUCAAGCGGCUCCUUGAGUUUGGGUACCAUGUUCUAGGAACAGUCAGAGACCCAGGUAAUCACAAGAAAGUAGCACACCUCUGGGAUCUAGCUGGUGCGAAGGAAAGGCUGGAGCUUGUGAGAGCUGACCUCUUGGAAGAAGGAAGCUUUGAUGACGCUGUGAUGGCUUGUGAGGGCGUCUUCCACACUGCGUCUCCCAUCGUCACUAAAUCUGAUUCCAAGGAAGAAAUGCUUAAUGCAGCAAUAAAUGGCACUCUGAACGUGCUACGGUCAUGCAAGAAGAAUCCCUCGCUCAAGAGGGUUGUUCUCACGUCUUCAUCGUCGACUGUGAGGAUCAAAGACGAAGCUGAUCUGCCCCCUAACGUGUCGCUAGAUGAAACAUCAUGGAGCUCCAUUGAGUUCUGCGAAAGUCUCCAGAUAUGGUACGCUGUUGCGAAGAUCCUCGCGGAGAAAGCAGCCUGGGAGUUUGCCAAAGAGCACAAGAUCGACCUUGUGACUGUUCUUCCGACCUUCGUUGUCGGACCUAAUCUAUCUCCUGAACUUGGCCCCACUGCUUCCGAUGUCCUCGGCUUAUUUCAAGGAGUGACAGAGAAGUUCACCGUGUAUGGGAGGAUGGGGUACGUCCACAUCGACGACGUCGCUAGCUGCCACAUCCUGGUCUACGAGACCGCCGGCGCUCUGGGGAGGUACAUCUGCAACUCGGCGGUUCUUGACAACAACGAUCUGGUCGCCUUGCUUGCGAAACGGUUCCCAUCAUACCCCAUCCCGAAGAGUUUACCCAACAUCUACGGCGAGCAGUCGUACCAUUACAGCACGUCCAAGGCCCGGGAGCUGGGGCUGGAGUUCAAGGGAGUCGAGGAGAUGUUCGAUGACGCCGUGGACUCACUCAGAGGCCAUGGCUAUCUCCCGGAGAAAAGUGGAAGCAUGCUUCGCGGAUACAAUGUAGGCAUGAUAUGAUACAUGGAUGCCCCCAGAAAGACAGAUAAAUACAGGCUCAGCUGGAAAACAAUCCAGUCGCACAAAAAGUGUCACUCAACUCAUCGCUCUUCGUGAGAUUUGCAAAACCCUUCUAGGUUUCUCUUACUCUGCUCUUGCCUCCGAGAGACUAGCAGAUCUUAAGACUGUCUAUGACAAGAUCUUGUAACCACAUGAAAAGAAGAAGAAAUAACAGAUCUAUGUUUCGUCACA